AUGAAGAAAUUCUUGCUCGAGCGCGGCCUCCGACCACGCUCAGACUUCGCUAAAGCCGUCGGAAUUGAAACUCCAGCCACUCUUGACGAAUUCUUCCACAAAGCCCAAACCUACAUUCAAUAUCAGGAGAAAGAAGCCGCCCACGCCGUCCGCAAUUCCAGGCACGAAGAGAGCAGUAAAAAUACGCGCCAAGAUGAGUCUCGUCGGGGAACUGACAAAAAGAAAGAUGAUAAAACUCGGGACCCCAAGGACUACAAAGCCCCUGCAGGGAAAUUCCGAGAAUUCCACAAAGGCCACGAGCACAACACCGAAGAUUGCAUCCAUCUUAAGGAUGCCAUAGAGAUAUUAAUCAGGGAGGGACAUCUGAAACAGUAUGCGAAGAAGCAGGAGGCCAUUAUAGAAGCUAAACCAGUCACCGAGGAAAAGGUGGCGGAAGAUACGCCCGCCAUGCAAGUGGCCAUGAGCGUUACCAGGCCAGAAGAUUUUUACCUCCCUGACUGGGCCAACGCAGCAACCACCUAUUCCUCCCAUAGCACAUGGGAAAGGUUCCCGUCCGCAAUGGUUAUAUCAGGCGGAGGUUUCAGCAAACUGACCGUCGGAUCCGUGAAACGCAAGUUCGACGAGCUAAUCUCGGCCAGCGCAAACGUAGCCUCGACCUUCGACCACGCCAAAGGCAGUCCCUCCUCAAUAUCUUUCUAUAAAGAAGAGUUGCCCGGAGGAGCACCUAACGCGACCAUCCCUCUCCUCAUCCGAGCCCGGAUGGCCAAUUUUGACGUGCGACGCAUAUUGGUCGACCAGGGAAGUUCAGUGGACAUCAUGUACUCCCAAUUGUUCAAAACAUUGCACCUGAACGACAGUCACCUUACACCAUACGUAGGAUCGGACUUACAAGGAUUCAAUGGCACAGUAACCAAGCCGUGGGGAUUCGUGGAACUCAUAGUUUCGAUCGGGUCGGCAGAGACCACCAAGGCAGUGAAAGUCCAAUUUCUGGUCAUCGACUACCCAUCAAUAUACCAGUGCAUCCUCGAACGCCCUACUCUGGCCGAACUAAUCGCGGUUCCCUCAACCGUACACCUCAAGCUCAAAUACUAUACGACCAAAGGACAAGUAGCGACACUCAACGGCGACAUCGAAGCAGCCAGGAGCUGUUUCGAAGCCUCCGCCAAGGGCCUGAGCGCGAUAAAGAUACCGGCCCAAGAGAAGAAAACAGUCACCAGAAAAAACGACUGCGGCUGA